AUGGUCUACACUUCCAAGGGUAACUCAAUAUUCUCCCGAGUCAAAGAUGUUUCAGUUAUUUGGAAUACGAAAGAUCCCAAAAAAUAUUCCACUAAGGUUCUCGUUGAUACCAGUGGACUUAACGUUAGCAUAUACCUGUUGAAUGGUGAUAUAUUACACUUUGGUGAUGAUGGUACUGUUGAUGGUUGGAAGCCUUCUUCUAACAAAAUUAUCCUUGACGUGGAUAAGACUUCGAGUACCAUUGGUUAUGACUUUGUCCAUGAAGGUGAGACGAGGACUUUCACUGCAAAGCCUGGAUACGAAUUCAAAACCGUAAAGCUCGGUAAAACAUUUUCUGAAGAUCAUACUUUUUGGAAAGCAAAAAAGGAUGAUGAGUGUUCAACCAAGGUCACGGUCUAUGGUGUAGAAACAAGCGUUAAGAACAUUAACAUAUUCCUCAACAAUAAUCAGGUUAAGCACUUCCACGAGGUGGAUGAUAAGUGGGUCUCUGAAACUACCAUUGUUCUUGAUAUUGACAAGAAUAAGGAUAAUGAUCUAUUUGAGUAUAGAUCCACAAGAAACUUCGGUCAUUUCAAUCCUAAGCCCAAUUUGACAAUCACCAAGAUUGUGAAGAAAGAGUUGGAGAUAUGGACUGCUGAACCAGAGGAUCAUGGUCUCAAGGCAGUAUUGAUGGGUUCUGGUAAGGAUGAGAAAUUCCUGUCCAUUCUGCUACAAAGUGGUAACUUUGUACUACUUAGGAAGUCUGGUAAAGGACAGUGCUGGGAAGACAUUACUCAGGAAAAGAGUGAUUUCUCGGGCAUCAAGAUGUACUCCCUGGAAGAGGGUACAUCCAAGUAUCAUCUCCUGACUGAGAAUGAAUAUGAUGCAAUAAUAUUCGAGUCAAGAUAUGGUUAUGAGUUUAAAGAUUCCGUCAAGUGUGUUAAGAUCACAUACAAUGAUAAUCUACUGUGGUCACAUACUGAUGAUCCUGAGUUUGGAUACCUGAAGGGUCUAUAUCUAGGUCUUGCUUCAAACCGUUUCUUCGUUAAGAAUCAGUCUGAUGAAGUCAAGAAGAUAGAAAAGGAACUUGUGACUGACAAUCAUUAUUUUGGAUGUCUUCCAAUUUUCUAUGAUUUGAAAUUUCAUGUUGUUUAUCUAAUCCACUCUUUGUCAAAAAUAGGAGUGAUAGCCUUACACUUGGCCUUGUUGUAG